UUUGAAAUUCACUGCUUUUCAAUGCGUGAAGGUCUGCGAGUGUACAACUGAAGCAGAGGGUCUUUUUUUUUUCAUUGAAUUUAUCUGUGGCGCGGCCAUCCGUUAUAGAUUUGGAAUGUAGGUUGUGUGGGAAGUUGGGAUACCUUGAUUCAAUCAUUCCAAAAGAUAGAUAUCAGGAUGAAAGUGACGAGCAUUUUGAGUAUAUUGCUGAUUGGAUGCGUUGCAAUUUCUACAAGUAUGCCAAGAAGGGCCAAGCGAGAAGCAUAUGACCUCCCCGACGGAAUCAACUUGCUGCUGAAUGCUGACCUCCGAUCAACUUUUACUUGCCAGGGUGACGGUUAUUAUGCCGAUGUAGAUAACAACUGCCAAAUCUUUCAUGUUUGCCACGGACAUGAAGAGGGAAAGCUUAGGCAAUGGAGUUUCGCAUGCGGAAACCAAACCAUGUUCAACCAGCUUACAUUUACCUGUUCCUAUCCAGAGGAGUCAAUCCCUUGCAACAAAGCUCCAGACUUCUUCUACCUGAAUGGGAACGUACAGAAAGGUGACCCAGAGGUUCCCUUCCUAGAAGAUCAGGACGUGCAAAACGCGGCGCCAUUGAUUCCGGGAUACAAUGGAGUGGACAACAGAAACGCGGAUUCAGCCAGACCAAACAGAGGGUAGAGGCUUCUGAAGAGAAUUUAUUCUUGUGAUUUAUGCUGAUGACGCCGACAGUAUUCAUGUUCGUACGUUCUGAUGCAAAGCGGAAUUCCUAUUUACUUAGUUUGCGCUUCGAUUCUUUUGUGUUAGUGUCAUGUAUCAGGUGUUUGUGAAUGGGUUCGUAGAUUAGAAUAUCCAAAGAUGAUAUUAAUGUUGGUAUUGGGUGCAGUCCCCUUUAUGUGUAUCAUUUCUUUCUAUUUAGUAACGCAUUAAAGUUUUCUUAUUAUAUUCA